UCGUCAACCUCUCUAUUAUAUAAGUGUUUUUAAAUUCAAAUGUACCUUCCCUUAAUAAAAAUCUCCCCCAAUUUGUUACCGUUGACUUUGAACAACCUAGAAACAACUAAUAAGCCCCAUUCCUCAAACCCCUGCACCCAUGGCCGUUGACCACCUUAACCGCAAUAAUAAAUCUCCUUCUCUCACAUCAUGAACAGCACCACCGCCAGCGGCGGCUUCCUCGGCUCACAAAACAUCGGCGGCUUCGGCUACGGGAUCGGCGUCUCCGUCGGGAUCCUCCUCCUCAUCACCACCAUAACCCUCGCUUCCUACUACUGCACCAGAAACACCGCCGCCGCGUCGGCGUUCGUGCUGCCGCAGAGGAAUCCACGGACGGCGGCGCAGCCGCCGGAAGACCACGACGUGGAGGCCGGGCUGGACGAGUCGACGCUGAGCACGUACCCGAAGAUGCUGUACUCCGACGCGCCGAAGGUGGACCACAGGGACUCCACCGCCAGCUGCUGCUCCAUUUGCCUGGCGGACUACAAGAGCAGCGACCUGCUUAGGGUUCUGCCGGACUGCGGCCACCUCUUCCACUUGAAGUGCGUCGACCCGUGGCUGCGCCGCCACCCCACGUGCCCCGUCUGCCGGACGUCGCCGAUGCCGUCGCCGCUGUCGACGCCGUUGGCUGAGGUGGUUCCACUAGCAACCAGGCCCAACGGAUAAUAUAUAAUUAAAUAUAUAUAUAUAUAUAUAUAUAUAUAUACUUACAAAAUUACAGUUUGAAUUAUCUAGAUCAUAGAUACUUAUAUCUUGAGUUUUACUGCAUUUUAAUAUCAUUGUAUUAUAUCGAAUUGUUAUAAAACUACACAUAUU